CUCAGGACAGUGGCGGAGCCUUAGAGCUGUCUGGAGGCGUCUGAAGGAGUGAGCCUCUCUGGCCACAGAGGUCCAAGGGAAUAAUGGUUGCUGCUGAGUGAACAAAGAGCUGGUGACAAAGGACACCAGCUGCCCCCAUCUGGCGGCAACAGGAGACUCUAAGGCAAAGAGGACAUCCAACUGGCCAUAGCCAACACCCACCUGCCACCCACCUGCAGGUGCAGAGCCAACCAGGAGAUGGCGCUGCUCUCAGGCCUGCUCCCCCUGGCCCUGCUGGCUCUGGCCAGGGGACCUAGUGUGGAAGGCUUAGCUGAUACUGUCCCGUUGCAGACCCUGCGCUGCUACAAUGACUACACUACCCGCAUCGUAUGCAGCUGGGCGGACACUGCAGCUGCCGGGCAGCUCAUCAAUGUGACCCUCCAUCACCGGCUAAAUGGGAACCAUCCCCAGCCAGUGUCCUGUAACUUCACUAGCGACCUACCCUGGUCACACUGCCCAUCUCUUCCCUGUGUGCCACGAAGAUGUGUCAUUCCCUUCAGUGCGGAGCAUAACAUCUUCUCCUUCCAGCCAGACUGUCUUCUGAGCGUCCAGCUCACUGCGACGCUGGCCCAGCAUGUGCAGCCGCCUCCGCCCCAGGACGUCCAGAUCAAUGCCACUGGGGACCACUUCCUGCUGACCUGGAGUGUGCCCCUUGGGGAUCCCCAGACAUCCUGGCUGUUGCAGAGGGACCUGGAGUUCGAGGUGGCCUACAAGAGGCUUGAUGAGUCCUGGGAGAAUGCCACCAGCCUGCACUCCAGCUCCUCCCAGGUAUCCCUAGGGCCCGAUCUCCUGCUGUCCGACAGCACCUAUAUGGCCCGAGUGCGGACCUGGCUGGCCCCGGGCUCAGCCUUCUCAGGGCGGCCCAGCCAGUGGAGCCACGAGGUUGGCUGGAGCUCACAGCCAGGGGACAAUGCCCAGGCCCAGAACCUGCAGUGCGUCUUUGAUGGGGCCCACACGCUCAGCUGCUCCUGGGAGGUGAGAUCCCAGGUGACCAGCUCGGUGUCCUUUGGCCUCUUCUACAGGCCCAGCCCGGAUGCAGAGGAGAAGGAAUGUCUCCAGGUACAGAAGGAGGUGCACGGCGGCCUGUACACUCUCCACUCCUGCCAGAUCCGGGUCUCCAGCCCGGAGCCCCACAGCCAGUAUUCCAUGACGGUGCGUCCUCGGACUGAAGAGAAACUCAUAGAGAGCUCAGAGCACAUCCAGAUGGCAGCUCCAACCCUCAAUGUGACCAAGGAGGGAGACAGCUACAGCCUGCACUGGGAAGAAAGUGGUGCAAACAAAAUAGCUCCCACGUUCGAGGUCCAGUACCGGGAAGACGUGGCCUCGUGGAAGGACAGCAAGACUGAGAGCCUAGAGAACUACCACCAGAUGUCGCUGCCCCACCUGGAGCCCGCCACCACCUACCUGGCCAGGGUGAGGGUCAGGCCCGGCCCUAAAGGCACCUAUAAUGGGAUCUGGAGUGAGUGGAGCCAAGAGCAGCGCUGGACCACGGGGUGGGCACUGCCCACCUGGGUGCUGGCACUCCUCCUGGUCAUUGCCACCCUGGUGCUGCUCCUGGCCCUGCGCUUCUGCGGCCUCUAUGGGUACAGGCUGAACAGGAAGUGGAAGGAGAAAAUCCCCAACCCCAGCAAGAGCCACCUCUUCCAGAAUGGAAGCACCGGGCUCCGCCUCCCAGAAAGCAUGAUGGCCUUCGCUGGCAGGAGUGCCCCUUCCUGGGGUCUCCAGGCCAGCCUCUUCCCUGCAUUGGAGGGGGUGUGUGCUGUAGACUUCAGGGACGCUGAGUUGUCACCUCUCACCACAGAGGACCCCAAAGUUGUCUGUGAUCCUCCGUCAGAGCCUCAUUCCCCUCCAGCCGCCUCGGACCUCCCCGUGGAGCAGACCCCCAGUGUCCAGCCAGGCCUGCCAGCCCCCCAAAGCCGGCCCGAGGACCAGCUGGCCACCUUUGACUUCAAUGGUCCCUACCUGGGGCCACCCCACAGCCGCUCCCUGCCUGACCUCGCAGGCCAGCAGGUGUCAGUGCAGGGCCCCAGGACAACCCUGCCAGGCUCCCUGGAGUACCUGUGUCUGCCCCCUGGGGGACAGGUGCAGCUGGUGCCUCUGGCCCAGGUCACAGGGCAGGGCCAGGCUGCCCCUAGGGAGUUUCUGCCUAGAGCUGGCAUCCAGGACAGCCCCUACCUGGACGCUGGGGGAGGCCCUACCCCUCCUGCAUCUGAGCCCAGUCACCAGGGACAGGACCCAGGGGACAGCCCAGGCUUUCUGCCCACAAGCUCUGGGGUCCCUGAGCACCCUGUCAUGGCCACUGGUUAUGUCACCACUGCAGACCUGGUCCUGACCUUGUCCACAGGGGCCUCCUCUGUUUCUCUGGCUCCCCCUCUGGAUCUCCAGAACCCCAGCCUCUGCCCAGCCCUGCCUGGUGGGCCCUCUGCAGCCCCAACUAUGGGGAAACUGGGGUUUGAGGGUUAUGUGGAGCUCCCUCCACCCAUGGGACUGUCCCCUAACUCCUCUCUGGGCAGCCCUGUCCCUCCUGCAUUGAGUAGCCUGUCCUGAGCCCAGGAGAGCCUCAGACAUUGUCCCUUGCUAUCCCUAGCCCCUGAGGGGCUGCAUGUCCUGCAGCAGUGGUGGAUGACUGCCUGCCCUCCAGCCCUGUAACCUGCCAGCUCCCUCCGCAGUUCAAGCUCUCUGUCCCGAGCAGCAAGAGCUCAGACUAGAACACCUGAACCAAGGUGGUGUACUGCUCCUCUUCACUAUAUUCCCUGCUCCAUGAAGAGGCAACAAGCUGGGGAGUACAGCUGCCUCUCUGCCUCAACCAGGGCUCUGGCCCCAUCUCCUGCUUCUUCUCUAGAAUUUUCUGUGAGUCCAAAGGGGGCCAUCAUGGACGAACAAUUCUCACACUUCACCACCUAUCUGUUCCUCAGAGUUGCUAGCCGAGGUUCUGGUUCAGUGGGUCUCCCAGGGUAAAGGUAAAACUGUCUGGACUGUGGUUCCCAGGGAUGAGGUGACAGAGAAUGCCCUAAGAGUGACAUUACUCUGUAUAGUGUUAUGAUAAAAGUGGGUAUGUGUCGUUAUUUAUUUGUUAAAAUCCAUACAUUCUACAACAUCAAGAGUGCUCGCUUCUGGUGGCUACAGCUCAGUGGCACAGCACCUGCCUGACAAGCCUGGGGUUGAGUUCAACUCUCAGUAUCCCACCUAAAAAGAGUAGUCCCUACUAUAACCUGUGGACUGUGUGUGACACUUAUGUACA